AUAUAUAUAUAUAUAUAUAUCUAUAAAUCUCCAUAUCUUUGCCAACAAACCCAACAAUCUUUGAAGACAAAUAACCCUUUCGUUUCUUAUUUAAAUUCUUGGAGUCGUUCUUGAUUGUAUAUUAGAGAGAGAGCUUUGUAUGUGUUUGUUAAUGGAGAGCAACACUAAUAAUGUAAAUAAUAAUCAGAAGACAAAGAUGAGUCUUGUAUUGUCAACGGAUGCUAAACCCAGAUUGAAAUGGACUUGUGAGCUUCAUCAAAGAUUCAUCGAAGCCGUUACUCAACUCGGAGGACCUAACAAGGCAACACCCAAGGGUUUGAUGAAGGCUAUGGAGAUUCCUGGGCUUACCUUAUAUCACCUCAAGAGCCAUUUACAGAAAUAUCGGCUAGGGAAGAGCCUGAAGUUCGACGAUAACAAGCUAGAAGUUUCUUCUGCUUCAGAAACCCAAGAAUCUGAGAGUAAAAAUGAUUCUAGAGAGUUCAGAGGCAGUGUAAACGAAGAAAACAACAAUCUAGCUAACGAAGGCUCGCAAAUCACGGAGGCUUUACAACUGCAGAUGGAAGUGCAGAAGAAACUCCAUGAACAAAUCGAAGUUCAGAGGCAUUUGCAAGUAAAGAUUGAGGCACAAGGGAAGUAUUUACAGUCAGUUUUAAUGAAAGCUCAACAAACUCUCGCUGGCUACACUUCUUCCACUCUUGGCAUGGACUUUGCGAGAACCGAGCUCUCCAGGUUAGCUUCACUGGUGAAUCCGAGUUCUUCAUUAUCAGAGGUAACGCAAGCGGAAGGAUACGAAGAAGCAGAGGAUGUGGAAGAAGGUUUCUUGUGGUGCAAGAAACCAGAAAACAGAGGAAUUAGGCUGCCAAGAUAUUCGGUUGAGAGCUCGUUGACAUCCUCAGAGAGCUCAGAGACCAAGCUGAAUAGUAAUGAAGACGAGAGGAAAUCGAUGGAGCUUCCAUUGAUGGAGAUCAAAUCUGAAGUAAGGAUAGGGGAGAAGAGAAGCUUAAACGACGUCGUUUGCAUGGAACAACAGCCUAUAAAGAAGAGAGAUUUUGGAGUUGAUGAUGAGCAGCACUUGAGGCUAAGUUUGAAUAGUUACAAGAAAGAUAUGGGGACGUGUCCGAACAUAGGACUAGGGCUUAAUUAAAAAGAACAAAAGACGCCUAUAUUAUUAAAAAGAUAUAUAUAAAAAUGUUUUUAAAAAAUCAAAUAUAUGUGCGUAGAUUUCCAUAGAAUAUUGUAGAGAUUUUGUGAGUAAGUCGCGUGGUGAAGAACGCAUGAGACUAUUCUAUAUGAGUCAACAUGAUUAUAUAUACUAUAUAGAAAAUGUGUGAUAUGUGUGUAUAGAUUAGGUAGGGAGAGGCUUGUGGAUGUGGUAAAGGCGAAUUUGAGGGCAACUUUUUAUGAUCAAUGAA